AUAGGAGUCGAACGAAAAUUAAAAUACAUUGAAUGCAUAUCUAUAGUUUACUAAUUGUACCUAUAAAAUACAUAUAUAUAUCAUCUCUCAACUUGGCUUCGAGGGAAACAUAGCCAAGAAGCACAAACAUCGCACAUUACACCCGCAAGAAUUAUUGAGUUAUAAAUCGUUGUCAAAAACGUAUCAUUUGUAUCAACAAUACUUACUUUUUUCAUUACCGUCUUAUUUACCUUUUAUCUUAUCAGUGAACAAUAAAUAGACGCCCGUCCCAGAGAAAACUUUUAAUCGCAGUCAAUGUAGAACCGUGUUUCCGAUUAAAAACUAAAGGUGCUCUGUACAAUAAAUAAAUUGAUAUUUACCAUUGACCAAUAAACUAUAAUAUUUUAUUCAGUGAUACUUAAACAACUUGACAUCAGUAUUCAGAUAUUCUCAACUCCAUAAAGCAAUCAGAAAGACGCCACCGAUAGAAGUUACCGACGUCUAUCCCAACUUAUACAAGAUGAACACGAAGACCAAUUCAUUAUCACGAACAGUUGUAAAUAAGAUUGCGGUUUCUCAUUGACCUGAAUACAUGCAAACACCUUCUGGUCUCUCAUGUAACGAUAAAGAGGUGGUAGAAACUUCUGUCCUUUCUUGCAACCAUGAGCGGUGCUUAUCAUCUUCUAAAAUACAUCAUAAUCUUUUCAAAAAUUAAGAGCCAUAAAGCAAUUGUCAGUCUGCAUAAUGGUUUGCAUUUAAAUAUUGUCAGCGUAACGGUAUCCUAUUAGAAAUAUCCUUGAAUUGUAUAAAUGAUAUCAGAACUUAACCUCACUUUAAAUUUUGAAUAUGACAGAGCCUAUGUAAAGUCUAUGUACUUGGAUACUGUUAGUCUCAGGGAUGCCUUACCUAUGUAUAAUGGCAUCAUUUAUACCUUCCUAUAAUGCUUAAUCGAUUCGCGUUAUGAAAUCUCUAAUGCUGAUCGCUAGCAAACUGCUGCUGUAUGCCAGAACGGUACACCAUAUGUAGUAUCUAGUGGUAUAGGCUCGCACGUUACUCGACUUGCGAGCGUAUGCUACUAGUAGUUGUUCUUGGGUCACUAGAGCUUAUAUAACGAUGCAUGCAUGCAGUUCAGCGGCUAAAGUAGCGUCGAAUGCCGUCGAUGCAGUUUACCAGCUUUUAUUAAGCUGCUUCCCGUGCGUCGCCCAGUCAGAACGAUCUGGAUCGACUGGUCAGAGCGAGCGUGCUAACCGACUAAUAGUGUUUCAGUUAUGAAUGAGACUUACAACAAGAAUUUAUAUCAUUAUCUCGGGCAUCUCAAAGAUGCUGGGAAACUAUGGUACCUCAUUAAUCCGUACGAAACCACAUUCGAACAUCAUCAAGACGUGCCUGAUUAUCAGCAGCAGGUCUGGUUGUCAUUUUUCAUCCUGAUCGUCCUGGAACACGUUAUACUAUUUGCAAAGAAUGAAAGCUCAUUUCGCCUCAACGACCACGUAACGUCACUCUCGCACUGGAUCUUUCAGGAAUCUGGCCGCAUAUUUUUCCGUGGCGUCGAGUACUACGCAUAUAUUGCGAUUUACGAGAAGUAUCGCUUAUGCAGCCUAGCAUGGGAUUCCCCUUGGACGUGGUACGUUACCGUGAUUGGGGUGGACUUCUGUUACUACUGGGUGCAUCGUGCGAACCAUGAGGUGCAUUUCUUGUGGGCUCAGCAUCAAGUACAUCACAGCAGCGAGGAAUUCAAUCUUGUGGUUGGCUUGCGGCAGUCCGUCUUGCAACACUGGCUCAGCUUUGCCUUUUACUUACCGCUGGCAUUGUUCAUACCGCCCUCCCAUUUUGUGGCACAUCAUCAAUUUAAUUUGAUUUAUCAAUUAUGGAUACACACGACGGUUAUCAAAGAUCUUGGACCAUUUGAAUUUAUUUUUAAUACGCCAAAACAUCAUCGAGUUCACCAUGGUUGUAAUUUGUAUUGUUUGGACAAGAAUUAUGGAGGUGUUCUUAUUGUCUGGGAUAGAUUGUUUGGGACUUUUAUGGAGGAGAGGCCUAAAGAAGAUAUUAUAUUUGGAUUGGUUUCCAGUCCAAAUUCGUUCAAUCCUAUUUAUCUACAGACAUUUUACACUAUAGCAAUGAUCCAAAGAAGCCUCAGUAUGAAGUCGUUGAACGACAAGCUGGCUGUGAUCUGGAAAGGACCCAGCUGGUUCCCGAGUGCCCCACGACUUGGUCUCGACGAAUUUAAAAUAAACGUGACACACAGGACCAAAUAUAACCCUAAAAUCCCAUCUUGGAAAACGAUAUACAUUUUUAUACAUUUCUGUAUGGUAUUUUACUGUCAUAUACAAUUAUAUGACGAGAAACCAUACUCGAGCAGCAUCCAUGCCGGGACUUUAAUAAUAAAUAAUAUAUUUGCACUGACAACUAUUGGUUUGAUGUUUGAUAAUCACAAGUAUGCCGGUACCGUGGAACUUGUACGUUGUGCAAUUUGCAUUGCCAUGUGGAAAAGAGAUUCUCAGGACGUCAAAUUCUUUAAUAUAUUUGUAUUGUAUGCAUAUAUAGUAUCAAGUUGUAUUUGGAUCGUUCACAUUUUUACAAACAGAAAUCAAACAUGUAAAUCCUCGUAAUGCGAUUGUAUGAAAGGGUCUUGUAAAAAAUACUAUAGGCCACAUUAGUCCAUAUAGCCCACACAAGUGGGCCUUGAUAGGUGAGUGACCUAAUAUGUGAACAUCGCAUUACUGAUUGUGAAUCAAUGUAUGAGUGGAUUCUGUAUAUAUAGAUGGAGUUUUUUGGAGUGUGUAACAUAAGACAGGCAUUAUAUAUUCAAAACUAGGAGAACAGAAAAUUAAAAGAAAUCUUGAAA